AUGUCUCCUCCGCGCCGUCGCUCGGCCCGGUUGGCCUCUGGUACUACCCCUAAGAAACCCGCGACCUCCAACUUGACCUCUGUUGUUGAAGAUGCCGAGUCGCCUGAGCGGCUUCCACAGCCGAAAAGUCGCAGCAAAGCCAAAGGCAAAAACAAUGCCGUUCCAUCCUCACCAGCUCCUGCGCCUUCGACCCCAGCGUCAUCGGCCAUGAAGCCUCCCCAUGAAGAAAUGCACCCAAGCAAAGCUCAUCACAACAUGGGUGAACCCUCCUCCGCGAUGAGGCUGGGCUUCACAGACAUCAAGGACACCACCCUCCCUGGCGUCUCACCCGACACACCGUCCAAGAUUGGCGUUCCUGCUUCCGAUUUCACGUUCCGAUUCACGCGCGACACUACCGAUUCCACCCUCAGUGGUGAUGCGCAACGUCUGAUGGAGGAGCUUCGCGGACAGGCUGCCAAGAUCAAGGCUGAUAUGAUCGCAAAGCGUGAUGCAGAGGAUGCUGAGGAAGACGCUCUUGGCCGCAAGAUUGCUAAGCCCAAGGGCAAGACAAGUCGCUAUAGCGCGGCGCAUAUGGCGGAGUUCAAGAAGAUGGACUCUAUCGAGAACCAUGCGUCUGCCUGGAGAGCCCAAAACGGGCGAUUCCAGCCUGUUGUCCAGUCGCUGAAGCGCACACCUUCGAAGGCUAACCUGGAAACGAUACCAACUUCUUCUCCCGACAAGUCUGGUCUCAAGCGAUCACCCUCAAAGGCCGAACUAGAUGUUCCCACACCGUCGACACCUCGUAUUACACAGAGUCUGAAGCGCAAGUCGUCGCGUGCUAACCUUGAUGAAUACCAACAGUCGCCUUCGCCUAAGAAGUCCACUAUGCCUCCGUCCAACCUCCCUACCGCCAUUCCCGCAUCCUCCAAGAAGACACAGUUGUUCCCUAAUGUACACCAACGCGUUCCUUCAAAGAGACUCAAGCAGCGAAUGGAGGAUGACGCAACAACAAACCGACCUCCAUCACGCGAUGACUCCUCGAUUCCUCGACCCAAGUCUAGCGGAAGUGGUUCAACCAAGUUGCCUGCCUCGAGCUCAAGCCUGGCACGACUCAUGAGCCCUACCAAGGCAUCUCUGGCUCACACAGGCAAACCGACCAUUUCUCUGAUCAAGUCUCCUUCCAAGGUCGACCUGAAGAGUGGUCUGCCGAAAUCCACCAGUACUUCUCAUCUCAUGCCUGGCAAACCGACUACGCCUAGACCUCGGGUCAUUAGCCCAGGCCGCUUCGAUAGAGUCAAGUCGAUUUUGCGCGGAAACCGAACACCUUCGGGCAAUGUCCAAACUGCGAUCCCGCAACCCAUGAUCUCACAGACACCUGCGCCUCCCAAGGCCGAUAAGGACAAAGCUUUGCCUCCUCUUCCGUUGACUACUCCUCGACGAAAGGUAACAAAGCACGUCGCUUUCACCCCAGAGGUCACGCGCAUUGCAUUUGAGCAGAACUCGCCUUCCCCACAGAAGUCUUGUCUCAAGGCUCAGUCAACACGAACUUUGGACCAGCAGUUCCAAGGCAUUGACGGAACACUUGCGAAGGCGGGCUCUGGGGAUGUAGUGUACCCUGAUCUCAGUGGAUUUAGACCACUACCCGAACCUCCCAGCAAACAAAAGGAAAAUGCACCUCAGUCUGUUCCCGGCAAGUUCACAUUCCGCAGUGAUCAUACGAUCGAGUUUGCCGACGUUCCUGUGCUAGGCUUUGGAGCAUCCCCCGGCCAGUCGAGUGUCCGCCAAGUCCGACAGUCACUCAAGCCCAAUGCGAAGAUGCCCGGUAGCUUCCCUGGUCCUACUUCCCCAAUUGGCCUCAACAAGGAGAACAAGGAACCUGGCUUGGCCAAGAUCCUGGUUGGAGCGCCUCAUGGCAUGUCCAACAAGAAGCGACACCGAACCAGUUGGGACGAGGAAGAAGAGGAGCAGAAGAGUGCCGAGCGUGCAGCCAAGAAGCGUAAGGCUGAGCAUGUUCCUGAAGGUGAAGCCCUUCUCGCUCCCCGUCUUGUUGGCGGCACUCCCAGCGCAAAGAAGGUCCACUUCGGUAGCACGACACCGCGUACCCCUGCUUCUGCCAGCCCUACAAAGAAGCGCGCAGUUCUCAGUUUGAGUCGGCUUAACAUGCUUGCUCGUCCUAAGAAUCGAGCUUAA